GCAGGACCCUGCAACCAGUUUUGAGUAUAUGUAUGUUAUCAGCGAUCUCAUCAUCUGAUGCUACUUCCUGUCUUUGUCGUCAUGGUGACUGUAAGAGCCCCAGAGCUCUUGGCUGCAGGGCCAGUGAGAAGGACUGAAGUCUGAUCUCCACUCCUGACUGCUGCAGAAAUACAUGCUACUUACACACCGCGCUGCACGAGUGUCCCUUAAAAAGAGUCCCAGACAUGGAGGAGGAAGGCAGGGUGAACGGCUUUGGACUGAGCCCAGGGAGGAGGGGCUCAGACUGGGGUCGAAUCGCCCUGCUGGAAAAGACCAAGGAGUUCUUCCGCACCUGCGAUGUGGAGGGCAAAGGCUUCAUUACCCGCACAGAUAUGAGGAGGCUCCAUAGAGAGCUGCCUCUGUCUGCAGAGGAGCUGGAGGAUGUGUUUGACUCUCUGGAUACAGACCACACUGGUUACCUCACACUGGAGGCAUUCUCCUCUGGAUUCAGUCAGUUCCUGCAUGGCCGGAGGAUCUCUGUGGCUGAUGACCAAAAUCAGGCCCCCAGCCCCGUCUUUAGGGCCAAAGAAGCCCUUUAUCAGAGCCAAUGGGAGGCCAAGCUGUCAGCAGUGGAAGACGAAGAAGAGGGGCACUUCUGCAUGCUGCUGGAAAGCCUGGGGGCCAGUAAUGUGUUUGAGGAUCCAGGCGAGGUGCGCAGUCUUUGGGCCCAACUCAGGCGAGACGAGCCUCACCUCCUGUCCAAUUUUGAGGAGUUCCUGGCCAGGGUCACCCACCAGAUCAAAGAGGCCCACCAGGACAAGAAAGAGAUGGAGAGUGCCCUCCAGAGGAAAGCUGCGACGCACGACAGUGAGAUCCGUCAUUUGUAUGAAGAGAUGGAGGCGCAGAUCAAAAACGAGAAAGACAGAUUGCUACUGAAGGACUCUGAGCGCCUUCAGUUGCGCAGCCAGGACCUCGAGCACCAACUGUAUUCAAAGGAGAAAGAGCUGGAACUUCUCUUCCAGAAGCAGAGAAGGUUAGAGAACCAGUGCCACGAGCUGAGCAGCGAGAAGCAGGAGAGCCACGUGGAGAACGUCAAGCUGAAGAUGACCAACGACGAGCUGUCCCGAGCGCUGGAGAACACCAGCCAGGAGCUGGCACUGGCCCAGGAACAGCUGACCAUGCUGCAGGAGCAGGCCGCCCGGCUCCACCAGGAGAAAGAGAUGGAAAUGUACAGAGUAACCGAGGGACUGCAGAGAGAGAAGCAAAGUCUCAUGAAGCAGCUCGACCUCCUCAGGGAGAUGAACAAACAUUUAAAAGACGAGCGAGACAUAUGCUGCGGUGUACCUCGAACUUCACUCAGAAAGAAGCAGAAGCAGAGAGCGGGCCUCGCCAACAUAUUCGAUGACACCAGCCAGCCGGCGAAAAGUGAGGAUGACACCCCCAACACCACCACCACCACCAACAACAACCCCUCCUCCGCCACCUACAGCGCCCCCGCAUGUCAACAACGCCCUGCAGCAAAGAAAAACUACGGCUUAGCCAAUGGUUACGCCAACCCUGCUCCGCCCAAAGUGCACGAUGUGAAGACAAAGACCAAAAAAUCACCCGGCAAGAUGGCCGCCGCUAAGAGGGUGACGGGGAAAGACAGAGUGAGAGCGAAGAAAGUGGAAAUUGAGCAGAAGGCUGGGGUAGAAGAGGAGGUCUUGGACGCCCCUCCGGACGGGUGGCCCCUCCGUCGAGUCAUCUCAAUCGAGGAGGACCACCUGGCCCACCUGCUCCACGGAGGGCCUCAACCUUUGCUGCACCAGCUCAGUGAGGAGGAGGACGAAGUGGACGAUGAGGAGGAAGAGGAAGCUCAGAGUGAAGUUGAAACCAGUGUCCUCAUGGCUGCCACCCCACCCUCUAGUCACCCUCUAGUCCCUGUGGUGGGAGAAGCUCCUCCGGCAAGGAAAUCCCGUUUUACCCGCGCGAAAAAGACACCUUUGUCUCCAAGAGGACAGCCUGUCGGGAAGGAGACCCAGCAACAGGCAAAAGAAGGAGCACUGUUUGUCCCAGACCGCCUGUUUAAAGUCGUCCUGGUUGGGAACUCGAGUGUAGGCAAGACAUCCCUGCUCCGCUCCUUCUGUGAGGGCCGUUUCCACCCUUCCACAACUGCUACUGUGGGUAUUGACUACAGUGUGAAGACACUAACCCUGGACAAUAUGCAGGUAGCCAUGCAGCUUUGGGACACAGCAGGUCAAGAGAGGUACCGCAGCAUAACCAAGCAGUUCUUUCGCAAGGCGGACGGUGUGGUGGUGAUGUACGACGUCACGGUGGAGGAGAGCUUCAAGGCCGUGCAACCCUGGCUCACCAAUGUCCAGGAAGCAGCGGGAGAAGGCAUCCCCAUCCUCCUUUUGGGCAACAAAAUGGACAUGGAUGGAGACAGGGAGGUGUCAUUCAAAGAAGCUGAGCAACUGGCCCACGAAAACAAAGUGAUGUUCUUUGAGGUCAGUGCCUACACUGCCAAGAAUGUGACGGAGUCCCUGACACACCUGGCCAGAGUGUUAAUGGAUCAGGAGGACAAGGUGAGAGACGCAACAGUCAUCCUCAGUGCUCAGCCGAUAAAGAAGAAAGCCUGCUGCAAGUGAAGUUUAUACUCAAUUUACUGAGUUCUUUUUGGACAUUGGAUUUGCAGUGUUUGAAGACAACAAUGAAAUCAUUCUCGGACCUUAUCACAGAAUGACAUUGUAUGACUUCAUUUUGUCCCUCCGAAAUGUACAACAUGUUCAAGUCGACACGAAGGUUGGUGAGCAUAUAACCUACUGUCUUAAUGAACUUAAUUGAUGAGGUUCAGAGGAGGAGAUUGUCUAAAGGCAAAAAAUAAGAUGCUGCGUCGUUUUCUGUAAAUGUUGCCAAAUCACUGUAGUUCUCUCUAAGAUUUAGAAUCGGAACAUAUUCUGUAUUAUAAUGACUUUCAAGAGACAAAUCAUAAAUAUACUGUAGCUUUUUUCACAACUUAAUGUUAGCUUUCCAGUUUUAAUUCCUCUGUAUUUGUCUGGGCUAGUAUAUGUUAAUGUAGUUAUAUUUAAUGUCAAAGCUAAAACUACAACAAAAUUAUUUGGAAUUCCUUAAAAUAGCUGUUUAAUAUAAAAAAAUGUGAGAAAAUUCAGUCGUAAUUCUUUAACAUUUUAUUCAUCAUCGUGUUCAUCUUUUUUUCAUAUUCUUUGUUUGUCUGUUCUCCAAAACAAAGUGUUACAUGACAUAUUGCAUCUGUGUUUGUUACUGAGGCAUCGUCCUGUUUUAUUCUGGCACCAAAGCACUGUUGCUCUGAAUAAUCCUCAAUUGAAGAAAUAAAUUACAUUUCACAUCUUUCUGAAAUCAAUGAAGCAAAAAACUUUCACAUGCAAAUAAUAAAUAAAAUAAAACACAAUUGAUUACUGUACCCUCUAUACAAUUACACAGUGCGUAAUAAAUCUUAAAUAACUGAAGAAAAAACGGAUAAUGACUGUGCUGUAACCCUCUCAACAUCACGCAGAUCAAUGCUUUUCAAUUAGCUGCACGAACAAUAUAAAGACUCACAAAUGCUUUUCGUUUUAUACUCAAAAUAACAUUUCCAGAAAGUGAGAGAUAAAUAAAUCAAGUUCGUUUAGGAUGUUACAUUCAACGAUGUGCCCGAGUCGAUCAGGUUGGUACAGGUGAUGGCACUAUUGCUGAUAGAUACCUAUUCUGAUGACAUCACUUUGGUGCUGGCAUGAUGGCAUCCAAUCAGAUGCAUCUGGUCGCCCUCGCUGGCCAACUGGAAUGCUUGUUGGAGAGCCUGUGCGCCCCUCCCCCUUACCCGCCUCAUCUCCAAGUGGGUCCCGAAGGGCUGAGGGUAGUUGAUUGGUUGUUGGUCCUCCUAACGCAUUUUAUAGUCGUGGGAAAUGGCGGCCUCGCAAAGUUGUCCUUUAAAGUCCAGCUCCAGGGUGAA